AUGAAGUGCCAAAGAAUCGUCUCGCUGGCCCUUCGCCAGGCCCGCGCACCAACUUCGCACGCCCAAGCUCUCUCCGUUUUUCAGAGCUCCAAUGUCGCGGCGGCCGCUCCGCUUGGCAACCGACAAUGCGCCCACCACUUCCACUCCAAGUCGGCUCGGAAGGCCUCGAACAGUCCCGGCGAUGCGUCGAACCCGGCAAUGGCAUUCCCAUGCCUUGAUGCUUUGGAGAACCGAUCCGCGAGCCUCGAGGCAAGGUACGAAUCGAGUGGUCCCGAGCCCUCUUACACCGCUGGCGCGACGGAAAUAUACCGCUGCAAGGACCCUCUCCUGCUCGACUGGGGCGGUGUUAUUCCUGAAUUCGAUAUCGCAUAUGAGUCUUGGGGCAAGAUGAACGCCGACAAGUCGAACGUCAUUCUUUUGCAUACCGGUCUCUCAGCGUCGUCUCACGCGCAUUCGACCGACAGCAACCCGAAGCCCGGUUGGUGGGAGAAGUUCAUUGGACCGGGGCUGGCUUUGGACACCGAUAAAUACCACGUUAUUUGCACGAACGUAAUAGGAGGCUGCUACGGGUCAACGGGACCGAGUAGUAUCGACCCCGCAGACGGACAACGAUAUGCGACAAGGUUCCCAAUUUUGACCAUGGAGGAUAUGGUGCGCGCGCAGUUCCGCCUCCUGGACGGACUCGGUGUGGACAAGCUCUACGCCAGCGUCGGCUCAAGCAUGGGCGGAAUGCAAUCGCUAGGCGCAGGAGUUCUUUUCCCGGACCGCGUUGGUAGGAUCGUCUCCAUCAGCGGGUGCGCCAGAAGCCACCCCUACAGCAUUGCGAUGCGCCACACGCAGCGGCAGGUCCUGAUGAUGGACCCGAAUUGGAACAGAGGCUUCUACUACGGCAGAGUUCCGCCGCACGCCGGGAUGAAGCUCGCGCGGGAGAUCGCGACCGUCACCUACCGAUCGGGACCGGAAUGGGAACAGAGAUUCGGCAGACGGAGGGCGGACCCGAGCAAGCCGCCCGCGCUGUGCCCCGAUUUCUUGAUUGAAACGUACCUAGACCACGCGGGUGAGAAGUUUUGCCUUACGUACGAUCCUAACAGUUUGCUCUAUGUCAGCAAGGCGAUGGACCUUUUCGACCUCGGCAGGGAGAACCAGGUCGCCGCCAACGCGAGAAGAGCAGAGCGCCAGAGGCUCCUGCAGUCUGGGGAGUCGCCCGCGCGCAAUGAUGCAGCUUGCAGUCUCACACUGCCCGAGACCCCCUACGUGGAGCAGCCGGAAUCCAACGCCGGCGCGGCGGCCGAUCAGCCCGUCGAAGUCUCCUCCAGACCCCCGGAAGAUCUCAUCGCGGGCCUCGCGCCCCUGAGAGACACUCCGGCUCUCGUGAUCGGUGUGGCGAGUGACAUCCUCUUCCCCGCCUGGCAGCAGAGGGAAGUGGCUGAGGCCUUGAAGCUUGCUGGCAACAGGAAUGUUGCGCACUAUGAGCUGAGUGAGGAGAUGAGUUUCUUUGGGCACGACACGUUCUUGUUGGAUCUUAAAAAUAUUGGUGGAAAUCUGAAGAACUUCCUAGGUUGA